UUUUGGGCCGCGCGUGUAACCCGAGCGCUCCGCCGCUGGGCAAGCUCAGCCCGGGCUGGAAGGCGCUGCGCUGGGACUACCCUGCAGGGAGGGCGGGAUCCUUUGCCUCCCCUUCUUCUCCCCCCCCCCUUUUGCAAGGCCGGGGGCGUCCGGAUUGCUCCCUCCCCUCCUUUUUGGGGCGGCUGCGUGAAGGAAAGAGACACGGGGCCGGCGGGGGGGUGCAAAGGAUCGCAGCGAUCCCGCCUGGAAGGCGCCGCUUUGCAAGGAGCAGGAGGCGGCGGCGGCGGCGGCAGAGCCUCGCUUCUGGGAAACCACCAUGGACAGAAAACAAGAUACCAAGAGACCGGCGAAAAAAUGGAAAAAACCGAGGCCUCCGAACUUGACGAUUCCACCGGUCAACAAACAGCCUUCCGUCCCCCCAACGCCUCCAAGGAACUUGGAUUCCAGGACUUUUAUUACCAUUGGUGAGAAAAACUUUGAAGUAGAGGCCGAUGACUUGGUCAGCAUCCAGGAGCUCGGGCGGGGCGCUUACGGCGUGGUGGAGAAGGUGUGGCACGAGCAGAGCGGGACCACCAUGGCUGUGAAGAGAAUCCGGGCCACUGUGAACACGCAGGAGCAGAAGAGGCUGUUGAUGGACUUGGACAUUUCUAUGAGGACGGUCGAUUGCUUCUAUACCGUCACUUUCUACGGCGCUCUUUUCCGAGAGGGAGACGUCUGGAUUUGUAUGGAGCUCAUGGAUACGUCUCUGGACAAGUUCUACAAGAAGGUCCUGGAAAAGAAGAAAACGAUCCCGGAAGACAUACUGGGGAAAAUCGUCGUGUCUAUCAUCCGAGCCUUGGAACAUCUGCACAGCAAACUAGCAGUGAUUCACAGAGAUGUGAAGCCAUCCAACGUCCUCAUCAACAAGGAAGGUCAUGUGAAGAUGUGUGACUUCGGCAUCAGUGGUUACUUGGUGGAUUCCGUGGCAAAGACGUUGGACGCCGGCUGCAAACCGUAUAUGGCUCCAGAGAGGAUAAACCCAGGACCAGACGGGAUCCAGAAAGGAUACAAUGUGAAGUCAGAUGUCUGGAGCUUCGGGAUUACCUUGAUCGAGCUGGCCAUCCUGCGCUUUCCGUACGAUUCCUGGAGGACCCCUUUCCAGCAACUGAAGCAAGUGGUGGAGGAACCAUCUCCUCAGCUUCCCACUGACUGCUUCUCAAAGGACUUUGUGGACUUCACGGCACAGUGUUUGAAGAAGAAUCCUGCAGAGCGCAUGAGUUAUUUGGAGUUGAUGGCCCACCCAUUUUUCACCUUGCAUGAUACCAAAGUGACCAACAUGGCCGCCUUUGUGGUAGAAAUCCUCGGAGAAGACUCUUAAAAUUUUCCACAGGCGUCGCUGUCGAACAGAGGAAACAGCACGGCGGCAUCCCAGCUGUACCUGUGGAGGAAAUAAGAACUUGAGCAUUAACAGUGGUCUGCACAAAACAGAAUGAAUGUCUUCAAUGCAUCCUUCUCCCGUCCAGCUUUUGGGCAUCUUUUUGGACUCCCAAGGUGUUUGUUUUUGUAAACAAAGAGAGCCCUCUGUGAAUGACAUUUAACCUAUAGAUAGAAGUCGAGUUGCAGAGUCAAGCCGCAAACCAUCUGUUCAUGGGAGGACGGUCCAGGGACAGUUGUGUCCCCUCUUUUCGAGCCCCAGCAACGGGAGGUGUUCUUUAUUCAAGAUCAAAUUACUUGAAGCGCAGUUCCAGAAAUGGGCACUUUGAAAGUGUAGUUCUGUAGGCGGAAACCCACUGGAAACCACCGCGACGGGCAAAUGCUAGAGUGGGGAAGUUGCCGUGGGGCGUUUCCUGGCAGCCAAAAUCCAGCCAUCUCCAGCUUUCCGCCGGUCUUGCUGCUUCACAGCCUUUAGCGAAAAGUGGAGAUUGUGGGGGAGUAAACCGGCACCUCCCCACCCUCGCAUACUAUUCUCCAUAUAAUGCUUCUUGUCCAUACAAACUAUCACUGGAUAGAUGUGUAUCAACCCCUUUCCCACAACGGGCUAGUUCGUGUCCACACUGAAGCACAUGGAACACGUGGUUGCUUCUUAAUCCAAGAAGGUAGCUGCCACAUAACAUGGUGUAACCUUUAAGAGUCUGUCCUCUUGCAUUCCCCCCCCCCCCAAAGCCCCUAGCAUCUUUUUGGCACAGUUUUAUGUUUGAUCUGGAAACUUGGUCUAACCUGGAGUUGCCAUGAAUUCUUUACAACAUCCUUAUAAAUCUCUUUGAGGGCAUGUUUACACAAGCAUCUGAGUGCAUUCCUAGAUUUGGGGAGUUAUUAAGAAGGGGCAGGUUUCUCCUCAACCCCGUCCUCAGUGUCUCAGAAGCUGUGUCCAUUCAGUUCUUCAGCAAAAUCUCCACUUGGUGCCUUCUCCUGAUGUUUCUUAAUGCAUUUGGAAGACAACAUCGAUUUUUAAAGACACACACUGUGCCUUGCGGCCUGUUGGCCCCUGUUCUGUGACCAGCUGCCGCCGUCCACGGCCAGUUCUGCCACCUGAGUGCCCACUUGGGGCGGCACAGCAGAAACUCCUUUCAGCGGCAUGAUUUUCUUCAGUUACGGUGACUGUUGGCAAUGUCUCUCAUCUAAGUGGCAGAUCCCAUAUCAGAAACCCAACAACCCAAGGCCUGGCUUUUGAAAUGAAAAGCAGUCUAAGGAGGCUGCAGCUUUGAGCCAGACGGGAGGUGUUUCUUAACCUCUCUCUCCUACACUUUUUUUGGAGAUCAAAUAUUGUCCUCUCUCACCUCCAGAAUUGUAGGUUUUCAUACAGUGGGGUGGAGAAAUUCAUCCAGUAUUGGAUUUUGGUCUAAGAAACAGCUGGGGGUGGGUGGGGGGGAAGGAUUAAUCCCUCCUUGCUUCUGAGGUCUGCUUUUCAUUCACUAGCGUGAGCAACGGGACUUAGGUUGUGUGUGUUAGCUAGCAAGGCCAUGUUUAGGUGCUUGUGAAAGAUGCGGCCGCUGCUACCAUUGCCAGUGAGUUUCAUAAGGUCAGUUUUGCCGGAGUAUAACUUUGGCUCAUUCCACACGUGCAGAAUAAUGCACUUUCAAACUGCUUUCAGUGCUCUUUGAAGCUGUGCGGAAUGGCAAAAUCCACUUGCAAAGAGUUGUGAAAGUGGUUUGAAAACGCAUUAUUUUGCGUGUGCGGAAGGGGCCUUUGAUUCAGAUUAAAAUCACUUUGGCCUGCCUCUAUCAUUGUGCAUUCACUCCAAGCCAGCACACUUGGUGUUCUUUGCCAGUCAGUGGCUGUAGUGAAAUUUCCUCUACCCUUUCUGCACUCCUGUAAGGAGUGGCUUUUAUGAUUUUUUAAAAAAACCCUACUGUUAAGAAUUCCUCUCUGUUCCCGCCUUCCCCCUUUACACGACUGCUUCAAAAUCUUGCUCUUUAUACACCCACUGUUCAAAAGAGGCCCAAGAGAGUAAUGAAUUCUAACUUGAUGGAGUCAGACAUUUUAUAGACGAUAUCGCCUUUCCCUCCCACCUAAACGAAAGAGCGAUUUUUUAAAAAAUUUCCUAAUAUAUUUGUGUAUUUAUAUAAAAAUAUAUAUAUUUAUGAAACAGUUUCAAGAUGCAUAUUUAAGGAGGGCAGCUUGGUGAGGGGGGGCACAAACCUAGAAGGAGCAAGUGGGGAGAACUUUUUAAAAAGCAAAAAUAUUUCUUAAGUUCUGAGAGACUGCGUCCUUUGAGAAGCGGCAAGGCAUCUGCAAGCAUGCGUGUGUUAUUAAAAAAACUGCCUGUUUUUAAUUAGUUCUUUGUAAAGAAAUGCGUUUUCCAGACGCUUACCACCUUGCCCUGAUCUUUGAAGACGGCCUCCUGGGAAACGGGAAAAUCAGUCGUCCCCAGUUUUUAAAGUUCAGAGCCUUGAAGGAUUCUCAUGGUUCUACUUAAAGUUGCUGGGACUAUGUUCUUUCACGCUGCACUGAACUUUCCAGUCCGUGUAACCCAUGGAGUCUUUCUGGAUUUCUCUUAUCCCACACACACUCUUAACUACUUUGCUUUCUCCUGUGUUGCAAGUAUCACACCGUAGUAUCUGGACUGCAUCUGUUGCUGUGCAUCUGUACAAUAACUUUUUUUCAUGGGUGGUGGGUUAUUUCCUGCUGUCUUUGGCCCCUGUUGUGUGUACAGAAUUGUGCACUUUCGAUCCACUUUCACAAUUGUUUGCAAGUGGAUUUUGCUAUUCCGUACAGUAAGUGCACUAUUCUGAAUGUGCGGAAGGGGCCUUUGGUGCUACGGAAAGUGAUGGUUUCCACUCCCCACCCCCAAAUAUUUGCAUGGGUUUGGUCAAAGUCUGGUUUCUAGGGCUAUAUCAUUGUUGUUGUUAUGGAGGAGGGGAAGGCCCAGCACAUUAAAUUAAUGCGUUGUACAAAAUAUCGGACUGGGUCUAUUGUGGAACAGAAAUAGUCUUCUGGAGGUGAGUUACUUGCUGGUUUGCAAAACAAGACUUAUUCCCUGCCUUCUGUUUUACAUCUACAGUUAUUUUUAUUAUCAUUAUUUGCCCCCCUUAUAUUAUUUUUCUCCUUAUUCCCCUGUCCCGUAAGGAGCUCCAUUGGAAAUAAAAAGAUGCUAUGUAUCUGAAAGAAAGGCCUAACUUGCUUUUCAGAGGAAUGUUUGUUAACAGCUAACUUGUCAUUUGUUUUCAAUAAAAGGAGCCCUGUA